UAUAAUUUUCGAAAAUCCUCAUUAAUUUUCUAUGUAUAAUUUUGUAGUUGUUGUUAGAGGUGAUAACUUUUGUUGUCGUUUCUUUGUUUCAGAGAAACACACCGAAGUUUUUAUUGAUUUACAAUUAAUCCUCUUAUAAAACGACAACACUUGUUAUAAUGAAGCAAAAAUUGCAGUUUGCAUUUAGAUAUGAGGCAUCACAAACCGACAAUAAGACAAGUGUGAUUGCCAUAACCUCAAUUACAACAGAAGAUAGUAAAAAGUAUGUACUGCUAGAGGCUGAUAGAUACGUAAGCCGUCACUUGGCACUAACUAAGACAGAAGCUUAUAAAAGAGUGAAAAAAAGUCUAAGCCAAAGAGGUCAAGAGAGAACAAUAUGGAUAACAUGCACAGAAGAAAUGUUACAAACUUAUUUUGAUGAAGAUGAUAAUUUAAUGUUUAAUGAUUUAUAUCUAAAAGAAAUAAAAGAAACAGACGUAGUAGAAACAACACAGAAAAGUGAAAGUCAAUUAAAUCUGAAAAAUAUAUCUGAAAGAUUUAUGAUUGAGAAAUUUGUAUGUAAAUUUUCAAAUGCAAAACAAUGGAUAGAAACAUUUGAGAAUGAAUGCGUGCGUUUUGAAAUUAAUAAAGAUACAACUAAAAUAGAAAUAUUGAGAUUAUUCUUAGACAAAUCAUGUACAGACUGGCACUCGGCAACAUUGAAAUCUUUGAAAAUAGAGGCUGGAUGGUCUGAGUGGAAAAAUAAAUUUUUGGAUUCAUUUGCUGAUAAGGGAUGGAGUACGGGAAUGUAUGCCAUAUUUUACAAAUAUAAAGAAGGAUCACUGAUGGAAUAUGCCAUAAGAAAAGAAAAGUUACUAUUAGAUAUGGAUGAAAAUAUUGGCACGAAAAGUUUGGUGACACUUAUAGCAGCCGGCUUACCUGAGUUUAUUAGAAAUAGAAUUGAUCCGGAAAAGUGUGAAACCUCAACGAGAUUACUUCAUGAAAUAAAUAAGUGUGAAAAUUUGGUAAAUAAUAAAAGCUUAUUUAAAAAAAGAGAACAGAAAGAUGAUAAUAGGAAAUACAUUGAAGGCAAAAAGCCAUGCAAAAAUUGUCAAAAUUUAAAUAAAGGUACUCGAUUCCACCCAGAACAGUCAUGUUGGUUUAAAAAGGAAGGGAAAGAGAACAAAAUGAUAGGAAGUAAUUCUGUACUAGAAGUAAGUCUAAGUGAAGAGACAAAAAACGAGUAAUCACACCAUUGAUAAAAAUAAAUAUGUUAUUAGAGGACAAAAUACAAGUAAAUGGGAUAUAUGAUUCGGGUUCCCAAGUCUCUCUUAUAAACAUAAGAUUAGUUAAAAUACAGAAUGAGUCUAAAGAUACUAAUAGAAUAUUAUUAAAGACGGUCAAUGGUGUGACAUACACAAAAGGAUUAAUAACUUUAAAAAUAAAAAUUUUUGAUAUAGAAGAAUAUGUUGAUAUUUUCAUUGUAG